AUGGCGAGCGAAAAGUUCCAACAAGAAACAGGAGUACUUGCCCAGGAUAAAUCCAAUGAAGUCGCUACGAAUGACGGCAACAUCCAGUCAUUGGAUGCUCGAGCAAUCCGCAAGCUACGAUGGAAGAUCGAUAUGAUCAUUCUUCCUACAUUGGCCAUCAUGUACACUUUCAACAGUCUCGACAGAUCAAAUCUAGGAAACGCUGCUACAGCGGGGCUGAAGAAAGAUACCCACUUGACAGGAGACCAGUACAAUCUGCUCCUGACCAUCUACUAUGUCAUGUUUGUUCUCUUUGGACCUGUCAUGACUGUUUUCACCAAGAUUUGCUCGGCAAAGAUCAGCUUGCCUUGUAUGAUGGUAGCCUUUGGGAUCGCAUCAGCUUGUACAGCCGUGGCCAAAAACCUGGGACAUCUUAUGGUGUGUCGUAUUUUCGUCGGCAUUUUCGAGUCUGGCUUCCUGGCAUCUGUUGUCUUUUAUCUCAGCAAAUGGUAUACCAGAAGCGAGAUCGCCUCGCGGAUUGCCAUCUUUUAUGCGGGAGCUGUGGUUGCGUCGGCCUUUGGAGGAUUGAUCGCAUUUGGCAUGUUUCAUAUCAAAUCCUCGGGCAAUCUUUUCGAUUGGUCAUAUCUCUUCAUCCUCGAAGGGUGCCUUACCUGCCUUGUCGCCAUUAUUUCUUACUUUGUUCUUCCGAGAGACAUCGCGAAUGCAUGGUUUUUAACUCAGAGUGAGGAAGAGGUAGCAGAGGCUCGAAUACAACUCGAGUCUAUGCAAAAUCGUUCGGGCAAAUGGGUAUGGUCUGAGGCCAUUUCGGAGUUCAAGACUGUCCAUGGCUGGGCACGUGUCGUGAUUGCGUUCUCGGUUGGAAUCUUGCCAAAUGCAAGCGCCAACUUUUUGGCCAUCAUGACUGUUCGUUUGGGAUAUUCGGUUACGAAGACAAACCUAUAUACUGUGGCACCGGCCAUGACAGCAGCUGUUUUCCUGUUGAUAUUUGCGUAUUCUUCUGAUUACUUUCGAGAACGCGGAUUCCACAUGACAGUCCCUCUUGUGCUCAGUCUCGUCGGAUAUGCCAUUUUGCUCGGGGCGGAUAUUGAAAAACAGAAAGGCACUGGAUAUCUGGCCAUUUUCUUCUGCACCAUCGGAGCAUAUCCCAUGAGCGUCAUCUUCUCGGCUUGGACGGUCGCUAACAUUCCGAAUUUGAAUGCCCGCGCCUUCACUACUGGCGUGUUACUGGCGUGUCUUAACUCAAUGGGGCUUGUCGCAUCCAACAUCUUCUUUGCGAGGGAAGCGCCUCGGUACAAGACUGCUUUAAUUGUAAACAUGGCAUUCCCCUGUGCUGGUAUUGUCUUUACGGUGACAUACUCUCUGUAUUUGAGAUUCUUGAAUCGUAAGCUGGAAAAGGAGCACCACACAUCGGAAGGGCUAGGGGCGGUGGAUGGAGGAGCUCCGUUCAGAUAUCAGACCUAG